CCAUUUAAACACGUUACGAGUGAUUGAGACAUUUUCGUUGAUGUUGGAUUAGACCUGCUAGCAUACAACGUGUUCGACAAAAUUCCUCUAAGAGCUCCUAAAAGCCUACUGAUAAAAUCUUUCAACUUCAUCGUUCUCCUACCAUGAGACUGAGACGAAUCCUCAGUUCCAUAUCGAAUCUCGCUACAGAAAAGCUCUCUUUCUCCUCGUACCCAUCGCGACAAAUCUUCACUGCCCGGUCAUCUUCUUCACAACGAAACGCCGGAAGUAAUCUCUCAGAAGCGUUACCAGGGAACCACAUCAAAUGGGCAUCGCUAGGUUCUGUCAGAAACUCGAGGUUCGCAUCUGGGUUCACACCGUUGCAGCCAAAGCCGUUGGAUUCGAUCAUGGAUUUGGAGCGAGCCAAGACUAAAUCGCCCGAGGAGCUCACCUCGAUCUGGGACGAUUAUCACUUAGGACGAGGUCAUAUUGGGAUAACUAUGAAAGCUCAGCUUUAUCGUUUGUUGGAGCAACGAGCAGCUGAGUGCCGAUACUUUGUCAUUCCAUUGUGGAGAGGAAGUGGUUACAUUACAAUGUUUGCUCAAGUUGAAGCGCCUCACAUGAUAUUCACUGGUCUAGAAGACUAUAAAGCAAGAGGAACUCAAGCGGCUCCGUACCUGACUAGCACCUUCUACACCGAGCUUUCAGAGACGAAGGACUUGGUGUUGAUCCGAGGUGAUGUUGUGUUCACAAGCAAACUCACUGACGAGGAGGCGAAAUGGAUCAUGGAGACGGCUCAGUCGUUUUACUUGAACGACACUCGGUACAAGCUGCUCGAGAGGUUCAAUAAACAUACUCAUGACUUUGAGUUCAAGGAUGUGUUACAAGCCCUUGAUAUGCCUAUUCUGUGAUUUGUUAAAUCAAGAAGAAAAAAACUUUGUCUGAUUCUUUUGUUCUUGAGACACGUUUGUAUUAGAAUCAUUUUUGUAUGGUAAUAAAAACUACAUCACCAAACUAGUUUUUGGUUGAAAA